AGAGGAGAUCUGGAAAAUGGAAUGCAGAAGACGACGUACUGGCACAAAAUUCUUCAAAAGAGCCGUAGAAUGGCUGCCUUCUGGCAGUGGAAAGUCGCUGAAGAGCUGGAGUUUCCAGCUGAGUGCAUAGUGUUUGAGGACGGUGACGUCCCUGAGACCGCCACGGCUGAUUCUGCAACACUGGCCGACAAUCAGAUUCUGGGGAGCGAAGUUGCUGGUCUGGGCCGAUCAACACAGCAGUCUGGUGCCGGCCACCUUCAAACAGUCCCCGAGAUGGAGAGAGAGGACAGUGCAGAGUCUGUAGGGACCAAGAGCAGCGGACUUGGGGCGAUAGCAAGCGCUGGUCCUGGCAUCUUUGACUCGGAGGACUCUGUGAAUCUGAUGAAUGGUGGUCGAGCGUCAAGAGCACAGUUGAAAGAGCCAGUCUCCAGAAGUCAAGGGCAAGCCAACGGAUCAAAAAGUCGCACUUGGGAUGAAGACGCCAUCCAAACAACGAAGCAACACGGCAGCUCUGGCGAUCAGGGUGGACGCGGCUAUGAUGUCAGCAACGAGCAUGGAGCAGAGGCGCACAGGCCGAAUGGAGAUGCCAGCACAAGCAAGCAGCAGAAGGGCCUGCGGUUUGUAGGGGAGGCUGCGAAGAGCAGGCCCGCGUAUAAGUACCUGGUUGAUGUGAAAGUACAUCAUAAGAGUGGACCGCAGGCCGAGAAUGGACACAGGCAUCCCGACGCGCAGUCUUCGGACGAGGACUCGUCGGACACGGGGUCGAAUGCCGUCCCUCUCCUGAGAAGGUCCGAAGAGAGCUCGAACCGACCACGGGAGUCGCCGACGUCCCCACUGAUGCUUGAAAGCCUAAGUGUCCAAUCAACAGAGGUCGUUGUUCAGAGCGUAGUCCAAACGGGGGGUCCAAACAGGUCGGAGGACGCAAGCGCGAGUCUCGAGGGGUGGCGACUGGAACCCUCAAGAGAAGCGGCGGCAGGGCUAGGGGGGAGGGAGAAUGGCGAUGUCAGCGACUUCGGGGCGGAAGCAAGGCCGGAGGAGAGCAACUCGGAGAGCGUUCUGAGCCCGUUCCGGGAGGAGAGCACGACCACAGUGGUUCUGAACUCCACGGGGACUUCGACUCUGAUGACCGGAGAGACUUCUGCGGCACAGAUGGAUGGCCGAGGGAGAGAGGCUGCCGCUGCUGCGGAGCCUUCGGUCAGAGAAGAAGCAGCGGGGUCGUCAUGCAAACCCGGCACAAACCCGCCUUUAAACCCCCCUCACAGACACAGUAACUUAGCAGCACAACCAGUGACGUCGUCCGGUCAGUCCUCAGCCAACACCGCUGUCCGUGGAACCGAACCCCCGCUGCGGGACGAGGGGGAAGCGUCCGCUUCCAAGGCCGGCAGCCACUUGAGCGCCCUGGAAGAGUACCUGGCGAGAAGCGAGGAGUGUGAAGAGGCCCCGGAAGCUCUGUCAGCGGUCGAGGCUGCCACCGCGAUGCGCGAGGCCGUCCGGAGGAUGCGCGAGGACGCGGCGCUGCUGGCGCUGCGGCUGUCCGCGCUGUACGCAUCGGACGCGAGCAAUCUGAGGCAGACCGCACAGAGCAUGGUGCAGCACGUGGUGGGGGCGCAGGCGGAGGUCCAGGAAAUGCGUUCCGGCUUGGUAGCGAUCGAGUCGCAGCGCUUGAGCGUCCGGAACCUCCUCUCGGACGGGCUGCUGUCCGCCCUCGUCUUUGCCGUUCUGUCCGAAUGGCCGAGGUUUCAAGCGUCCGUCAUCCACUGGCUAGGAGGUCUGCGCAGCCCUGGCGUUUCUCUUUCAUGGCCCUGGAGAAGUAAACCGAACUUGGUCCACCCGCUGCCUCCCCGCCUCCCUCCCAAGAGAUGGCCCUGGAGCUGGUCUCUGCUCGUCGCUGUCGCCUUCUUUGGGUAUAAGCGCUUGGUCACCUCUUUGCGUCAGGAACAAGCAAGGCGCGCAAUGGUGAGGAGUCUUCUUGGCAAGUGGACCCAGAUUGCAGAGCGUUUGGUAAUCAUGGGUGCGAUAGCGGAAAGAGGCUUGGCCAGGACUGAGGUCGCAGGGGAAGAAGCAACAAGACCGUGACGUGGAGAUUGAAGGUUCUGAUCUCGUGGGCUCACUCUGCGUUUGCGCUCAGUCCGGAAGCAUGAGGUUUGCUGGCCCACAAGAGCGCUGUGGUACCUUUGCGAUGAAGGUGCAUCGCGGAACGAUAACCGCACUGACAGGGGAAUCAUACACUGUUGAAAACUUACUGUGCAUCGAACAGAGUUGCCUUUGUGGCUGCCCAAUGAAUGCUAGUAGCAUGGCGGCCAAACAUAAGCCUGUUCGUUAACAUUUUGCCCUAGUGAAGUCAACUAUUGGCUCAAUUGCAGAGGAACUUACAUGAAGGAUGACGUAUGGUUGUUUGAUCGACGCGUAAGUGAACGUGAGCCUCGGAGCGC